AUAAAUACGAAUUUUUUGCUAAUCAAACGAAAUGCAUAUGUGCAAAAAAAUUUCGUGCAAAUGAAAUGAAUUAUUCUACUUAAAAAAAAAAUUUAUAUCAAAAGCGUUACUCUUACAAAAAUAUUCUGUCAUGCAAAUGCUCAAACAAAAAGGAGUGAAUGAAAUAUCGCAAAACUUUGAAGAGAUUAUUUUCAGCUCCAAUAAAUGGAUUAAAUGCAAUGAUUUAAAGACACAACCCAUCAAUGGUUUAGCUGAGACACAGAAAACCCACCAAAUGAAAUUCACCACACCACAAAUACAACACUUCCAAGCCAAGACGCAAAUAAUGGCAAGACUUAAAACAGAAUUGUUACUAGUCGCCAAAACAAAAACCCAAACAACCGCAGUCAUAACGGCUUGCGUUUGCCGGCAAACUUGCUGCUCAACAAAUCAAAGGUUAUUGCAGUUAACACAAAUAUGUUUACUAUUCAUAUUGGCCAUAAUAUGCAGUGGGAAUUUUAUUGUUACCGCUGCACCCUCACACCAAAGUCAAACUUCGGGUUUUGCAGUGGCAGCUUCACUUCCUUUGCUAUCAAAUACAAUCUUGGGAAAUGCCAUCAAUGCUUCCUCUGCUGCAGUUCAAGAAGAGGCAGCAAACACAUUAACCGAGACUAACUCAGUACAUGGUGGUCAUCAUGUAGCGGGAGCCCAUAAUCAUGAGCAUGGAGCACGUGCUCUAAAGAAGGCCUUGCUAACCAAUCGCAGCAUUGUUUGUAACGAUGGUUCGGCCAUGAGUUUUUAUUUGCGCAAAAACCCCAAUUCCAAAAAAUGGAUAGUGUUUCUUGAGGGCGGCUGGCAUUGUUAUGAUGUGAGAUCGUGCAGGGCUCGUUGGAAUCGUUUGAGGCAUUUAAUGACCUCCACCGAUUGGCCGGAUACCAGAGAUGUUGGUGGCAUACUUUCCCCUUUACCCGAGGAAAAUCCCUAUUGGCACAGUGCCAAUCAUGUCUUGGUACCCUAUUGCAGCAGUGAUUCCUGGUCUGGCACCAAUUCCACAAUUGAUUCCUCGGAAUUUUCCUUUCGCUUUAUGGGUGCUCUCAUACUGAAACAAGUCAUAGCUGAUCUGAUACCCAUGGGUUUGGGUCGUGUGGCCGGUGCUGAACUUCUGUUGGUGGGCUCUUCAGCCGGUGGCUUGGGUGUAAUGCUGAAUUUAGAUCGCAUAGCCCAUUAUUUGCAAGUUGAGCGUAAACUGCAGGUUACAGUGCGAGGUGUCAGCGAUUCAGGUUGGUUUUUGGAUCGCGAACCCUAUACACCUUCGGCUGUAGCCUCAAGUGAGGCCGUACGCCAGGGUUGGUCUCUGUGGAAGGGUCUGCUGCCAGAGGCCUGUGUAGAACAAUACAAGGCAGAACCCUGGCGCUGUUAUUUUGGCUAUAGGCUUUAUCCUACUAUGAAGACACCUCUAUUUGUUUUCCAAUGGCUUUUUGAUGAAGCCCAAAUGAGAGCAGAUAAUGUGGCCGCUCCCGUUACCCCACACCAAUGGAAUUACAUACAUGCCAUGGGUGGAGCUUUGCGUUCCUCAUUGGAUAAUGUAACUGCGGUGUUUGCCCCCUCCUGCAUUGGCCAUGCGGUGUUGUCAAAACGUGAAUGGUUGAACCUGAAGAUCGAUGAGAUCUCUUUGCCCACUGCCCUUAGAUGCUGGGAGCAUUCAACCAGACCUCGUAAGAAGCGUCACGAUAAGCUAAAACGCUCUACAGAAGCCACCAUCAGCCACAAGGAUGCUAAGAGGCGCAGAGAAAGACAGCAGCAAAGAGAACAACAGAGGGAAAAGAGAAGGAAUAACGAAAACAAUGGCAAUGUGGAGCGUAAACGUUUAACCAAAGAAGAAAGACAAGAGCGCAAGCGUCUGAGGCAUGAGCAGCAGAAAAGGCGCCAGGAGAGACGCAAUCGCCGCAAAAAUAAUUUGGCAGAAGUUGAACAUGAGAGUAAUCUCACCAAUGCCAUACCCAGCACAGAGAACUCCACCGAUACUCAACAUCAGCGCAAAGAACAUAAAAAACGUAAACGCACUGAACAGGAGAAACAGAGACGUAAGCAAAAGAAACGCCAAAGAAGGAAAAAGGAACACAACUCCAUCGAUGCCAAUGAUCCCGAGCGGGAGCUGCAAAAGGAGCAACCCAUAAUGGUGGUGGUGGAGAAACAUCACAACAAUGCUUCCAAAAUAAAUAGGCGCAGCGGUGUACCGCGAGUCCCUGAAAGAUGUUCGCUGCGUCUAUUGGAGCGUUGCAGUUGGCCGCAAUGCAAUCACUCCUGUCCCACUCUGACCAAUCCUGUGACGGGAGAGGAAAUGCGAUUUCUCGAGUUACUGGCAUCCUUUGGCCUGGAUAUUGAGGCUGUGGCAACAGCUUUGGGUGUGGAUAUGCAAACCCUUAACAACAUGGAUCGUACGGAAUUGGUGAAUCUCCUAACUCAGCAAGUCAGCUGAUUCUCAACGCCUAUCCCCCUAAAAAAGGCUGAGGGCGAAUUUCAUUCCAAAGUACUUAGAGAGAGAGAGAGAGAGAGAGAGAGAUAACAACACGGAGUCAUAUAUACCUCAAAGAGAAAUAAUUAGAUAAUACUCUCGUUUUGGUGCUGCUUCAAGCAUGCACUUGCCAUGGCAAGGCCUCUCAAUUUGGGGCCGUUAGAGCAACUUUGUAUUGGCUUUGAAAUCUCUUUGCUGAAUUGCAAAGCAAACACUCACAUUCACACACCCACACACACACACACACACACCAUAAACCACACAGAUCCACUUAAAUUAAAGAGCCUUGUAUAUAUUGUAUGUAAAUAGCUGUUUUUUUAGCCUUUAAGUACAUAAAAGUUCAAAUUAUUUUGUAAGCGAAAGUUUAGUUUAAUUAGCUUUAGAAGUGACUAAAAAGAUGUGUGUGUGUAUGUAGUUCUAGCUUAAGCAUAGAACAAAUUGCAUUUCUCAGUUAGGCAAUGAACAAAAAAACAAAUUUGUUCUUAAAGAAAAGAUGGUGAGUGCGAGAGAGAGAGAAAGAGAGAGAUCGUGGUGGGUAAGAUUAGUAUGGCAACUCUGGAUAAAGACAAUGACUAUUAUUGAGACUUUCUACGCCCAUAAACCGAAAGAAAUAUUGAUACCAUACGACAUUGAUAGUGAAUUAACCCCGUACAAUGUAGUAUGUUAUAGAUUAAACGUUUUUCAUCAUCCAUGCCAUCCGGUAUUAUAUCCACGAACAACGGGGAUAAUUCACCAUUACAACAUUAAUUUUAUAGGCAAAAAUGAAUUGUAAGUUAUAACAGAAGCCUACACGCAAAAUGGAUAAGAAUUGCGCCCUUUAGGUGCUAAAUGGAUACUAGAUGUCUCAAAAAGUUUUAGCCUACUUACAUAAGAAUUGUGGCCUGUAGUUAUCCGAGAAGUCAAAACGAAUGAAUGGUUUAUAUGGUACACCGAAAGAAAAAUUAAUACCAGACGGUAUUAAUAGUGAAUUUACCCAGUUUUUUAUAAAUGUUUUACAUCGUCCAUAACAUUCCGUAUUGUUUUCACGAAUAACGAGGUUAAUUCACAAUUAAUUCCGUAAGGUACUAAGUUUUCUUUCGAUAUACUUACCUAGUAAUCCGAUCUUCCCUUUUGAUUUCUGCAAGCCAAAAUUCUUAUCCAAUUAGACUUAAACAUUACAUUUUGAGUUUUGCUAAUCACUAUUAAGACUCCUAGUAUCCCUUGAGUUAGAGCUGGCAAAAUAUCGAUGGCACUAUCAAUACUAUUGAUAUUUAAUUUUUUGACUGGAUACCGAUUGAUAAUUUUCCUAUGGAUAUGGAUAACUUUCCCUUAAGAUACAUUGCACCUAUCCGAUUAGGCUAACAUUUUUUACAAUUAUUUACAAUUAUUUUUCUCAAUAUUUGGUCUAUGCAUUGAUAUGGCUUCUAUAUAAAUCGUUCUCUUGAUUUUUACUUCUCAUUUUCGUUUGAAACAUAGCUGAUGGGAAAUUAACGAUAGUAUCAACACUAUCGAUAUUUAUUAUUAAAACUAUGGAAAAUGUCGAAUGUUGCCACUAUCGAUAGUUUGCCACCUCUACCUUGAGUACAUACAGGGCUCAAUUGUUAUCCAAAUAUGAUAAUAUUUUGCGUGAGGGUUUCUGUUAUGACCUUCAACUUGUUUUGGCCUAUAAAAAAGAUAUCGUCCAGAGAAUACGUGGGACGCAAUCCUUGGCAAGUUAAAUCUACACAGAAUUCGAUCCGAACAGACUUAAGCUUGAAAGCCUUUUGAGAACUAAUUCAUUGAACGCAAAGAAAUAAAAUCACAUAAAACUAAACUUAUUUUAACUUGUUAAAUUGUUAGAAGGACCUUUUGGUUUUGCAAAAGAUCCAUUUCUGAACUAAUUUUCUUAGCUUUUCUUCCGACUCUCUCUUGACCUCUUUGAAACAUCUUUGUUAGACAAUGGCCCUUAGCUGAGAUUUGCAACAACCACCCCUUAAAUACGCUGCUGUAAAGUAUUAAUUAAUUAUUUAACUAAUUAUUUAUCUUAAAAAAAAGCAAAAAGACAUACAAAAAAUGACAACAUCCCAGUUAAUAAUUAUAUUUGGUUUAAGUUUUUUUUUUUUAAUUUUUAGUUAAAGGAAAGUUUAUGUUUGUUUUUAUUGUUUUAGUUUUUUUUUCUUGUCUUUAAGAAGGAUGUGUGUUGUAUGCAAAACUAAACCAGAAAAAAAGAGUUAGAAAAAAAGUUAAAGAGAGAAUAUCUUAAACGAGACCACUGUCACCACUCCACAAUAUCACGCCUAUUGUAACUACUACAACUCUACUACUAGCCACACUCCCCUCUUUAUUAUAUCAUUCAUCUCCAUUAUGUAUGUUAACACAAAAUUAAUGCAACACAUAAGACUGCUAUUUGUUACAAUAUUUUAACUAAUUUAUU